CAAGGAUUGGCAAGCAAAACAAGAGUGGCAAAAAGUUACUGCAAAUUGCGACGCUGCAAAUGCGUUUUUAUAAUUAUUACAAAUAAAGUUAACAGACACAGAACAUAUUUUGAUAUCGAACAGUUAAAUAAUUUUAUAUCUAUAAUCGAGGAGUACCGACACUUUUAACUUUUUUACAAGCGGAACAACAGAUACCUCGCUGUCUUUGAACUCAUUAUCCCUGUCGUCUGUUCUGCCGCCGACCGAUUCAGAUCUUCAUCAUACGAAACACAACAUGAACAAAUUGUGUCGCCAAGUGUCAAUUGAGUCUCCCGGGCCGGGGGCUAAAAACUGCGUCUUCAACUUUUUUGUGCCUAUCGAGGACACGCCAGCACUGGGUGCUCGGAUCAGGAUUGUGUGCGCCGGCGCGUGCUAUCGUCGUCGGGAUCGCUCCAACUCUAUAACCAGCAUGUCUUCAGUGUCCUCGGAUUUGAGCGACUACUGUCCGUCGGUGAAUUCUAUGUCGUCGCCCGCUCACCAGGGCAUUCGAGAGGGCUCGUUCUUUCCGGGCUUCGAGGUGGCUGGCGUAAUUGAGGCACUGGGCUCGGAUGUCACAGAGACUACCAACUGCGGCCUGCGUAUCGGACAGCGCGUAAUUGUCUAUCCGUUCGAUGAGACCCCCGCCGGCUAUGCCGAACUUCUGGUUGUGCCCGACUUAAAGCACAUCGUGCCCAUACCCGACAGCCUGCCAAUGGAAGUGGCGGCUAUGCUGCCCACGGGCGCCCUGUUGGCCAUGAACGCCGUCUUCAAGGCACAGGCGGUGGUCACACAGAUCCUCGCUCAGCGCGCAAGCUCCGAUCAAAAGAAGAACUGCAAAAUCCUAAUUGUCGGAACUGGCGGCCUUGCACUGUGGGCCGUGCGAAUCGCUUCCUAUCACUUUGCCUUGGCUGGCGCCGACAAUGUGGACAUCACAGUGGCCAGUCUUCGGGACGAGGGCUUCCGCUUGGCCACAGAGAUCAAGAAUGUCAGCGUUGUCCAGUGGAAUGAAUGCUUGUAUGAACCACAGCUCAUUGAGCGCACCAAGGAUGUGUGCGGUGGGGCCGUCGAUGUGGUAAUUGACUUUGGAACAACAUCCAGAAGUCUCCACCGCUCCAUGCACUGCCUAUCCAAGGGUGGUGUGGUCUUGAUCAGCGAAGAGGUGGCCGAGAAGUUGCUACCCAAGUUCUCCAGGCUCUCGAACGAGUACCAGCAGGAGAUUACACCAAUUUCGAAUGGCACCGCCGAACAGUUGGCGGAACUUGUGGAGCUUGUGGCCAGCAAAAAGAUUGAGCCGCCGCCACACUCAGUGUUCCCCUGCGAACAGGCCGCCGAGGUUAUCCAGAAGCUGUGUAACUCCGAAAUACCAGGACGCGCCAUUCUCCGCUUCCACGACAUAGAGUAGACAUCGGCGCGGAGGCCAAGCGUAUUUCUGCUAUCAAACAUUAACUCAUUCAAUAUCGAUAUCUGUUAGAUGUAUUCAAGUGACACACAACCACAAAACAACCUGUAACCUGCAACACUCUCGAGGCGUAAUCAAUUGUGCUUAAUUUGUUGUUGGCCUGGCCCUUGUUUUGUACUUUUAUUUUGGACUGCAGCCAAACCAGUGAUGCUUCUCCACGUCUAGUUUCUAGUUUCGUUUCGUUUCGUUUCCUUUCAUUGAUUUAGAGUUGUAAGCAUUCUGAGUAUUAUUGUAUGUACAUAUAGAUUGUGAUUUAUUUUAUUUGUAAGCAAACCAAACCAAACCAAAUCGAACCCUAGAUCCUGCUCGUACUUUUGCGUACUGUAUGAGUGCAGAUCAUCCAACAUAAGCCACCAAGCAAAUCCCAAAACGAGAUUCAGUAGUCGGAUAUUAUGCUUCUUUAAUGAUUUAUUACGUACAAGACCCAACGCAGAAGCGGAUUACAGAAUAAAUGUUAUGAAUAUUAUAUACAA